AUGGUUUCAUCACCCGCGAUUCAGGUUUCUGCUGUCCAAAGAAACGUUGAAAGUGGUUGGCGGGCACCCACAGGCUACUCUGACUCAGAAGACACUGAUGACGGGAAGGAUGAGCGCCUUUUUCGCUCAGGUCCGCGACGGAUCGAGGUGCCAUCAAGUAGCGAGAGCGAAACAUCGACCUCGCCGCCGUCAAAGCUUGCUCGAUCGACACCGUCUGCGUCGAGUGCCUCUACAGAUGGGAUAACUGCUGGUGCAGGUGUGGAUGAAGAAGGAAACGAAUCGGAUUACGUCGCACCAGGUGUUUCCUUUUCUCGUUUAGCACGACGAUACACGCUUGCUAGGUCCUGGCUACCCGGUGUGCACCGUGCCCUCUUCGCAACGCCCGAUGAAGCAUUCGGAGCUCCCUCGACGGACACGCCCAUGGAUAUGAAACAGCAUAAUCGCUCCGUAGCGCGGACCCAGAGACCCGAGUCGCGUCACAUACAGGCUACCGAUGGAACCGGGGACCGCGCUGCAGCUGAGCGUUUAGAGCCGCUCGACGCGGCAACAGCGGCAACGCUGCAGCUGCUGCAGUCAAGCACGUCAACGGAACUGGGUGAACAACGUGAGCUGCAUAAAGCAGUUGAGUUGUCGCGCAAAUCCCUCAUAGCGGAUACCGCAAGCAUGCAUGCUACUGGGCAAGUAUCCGACGCAUUUCGCUCGCGGAUUACGGAACAGACUCGCGCUCCGUCGCUUCUUGCGUCCGAAACGAACGUUCAAGUUGUUUCGGUGGCGGGCACUUCACCGAGAACGGCAGUUCUUCGAUCCUUGGAUCAACUUCUUGAAGAGCGAAUGCGUGGACUGGAUAUCGCCACAGCUUUCAUGCCCAUGGCUCGCGUCAUAGGUCCUCUCGUGUUUGCGAAUGGAGGCGGGCCUGAACGCAGCGCGAAGCGCGCUGCUUGUGGGGUCGUAUACCCUUCCAUGAAGAUGUGGACGCCUUCGAAAGGCACCGCUGAUCGGUCAGAGCUUCAUCUCGGCCUGGUUCGUGUUGCAGACGACGCCGCAAUAGAGGCAUCCGUACACUGCGAGGCGACCAGCCGCUACCAAACACUCGGUGAAGCACUUGCCACGGGAAAUCGGCGCCAUGAUUUUUUCCAGGAACUGGUUACUCGCUACAGGACACAAAAGGAUGAGCACGGUGAGAUUGUUGCAAGCUUGUUGGACGCCCUGUAUGGUGAUCACGCUGGAGCUGCAUCAACAUGGUAUAGGUUUUCAGCAUGGCUGAGGGAUUGUGCCUGCCCCAAGAUGCAGAGCGUAGAUGAAUUUCGAGACGAUUGGCAACAUGCGCGUGCCGUUUCUGCGGUUUCCGCUGCAUCCGACGGGCAAGCACUCGACGAAGCGCUUUUUUUGCUAUCCGGAGGCCAGGUGCUGGCGGCAGCGCAGCGGCUGCAAAAGGCCGGCGACUUGCGCCUCGCACUCCUUUUGAGUCGCUGUCUGGACCCGCAUGAAGACUUGGCAUUGGAUGCGGCGAAUCAAGUGGAAACGUGGGAAAACGAUGGCCUUUCUGAAAAAACGCUUGGAGCGCGCCGUCUUGAUCUCAUGUACUUGUUAGCAGGCCAAGUACAGCGUGCUUCUGGUCAUGCCCUCGUGUCAAUGGAUGAACCGCCUUGGUUCUGUGGACCGCAUUUGACGUGGAUACGGGCCUUUGCCUUAUUUUUUUGGUACGCACGCAUGGAUGCCAGUAGACGGGACGCUCUGCAGGGAUCCAUGGAUGCCACUGCCGGUGCCGCUGAUACGAAUGAUUCGUGUACCGACGCAUACGCGGAUGACGUGCGCUUCCGUAUGCGGCUUAGCGCUGCGCUAGACGCCUACGAGACAGCCUGGAAGGCGGCGAUGCACUUACGUAGCCGCAGUCGCGACCUAGAUGAUGAUGAGGAGCAGGACGAGCACGAGGACGCGGAGGAUGCGGUGCGACCGUCGGCAACAAGGUCACCGCGAUCAUCACCACCGGCGAUGCACGCAUCCUCUAGAUCGCCAUCACCGAUUCCCAGAUCGCCUAGAUCGCCUAGAUCGCAGCUACGUGCAUCCUCUAGAUCGCCUAGAUCGCCUAGAUCGCCUAGAUCGCCUAGAUCGCCUAGAUCGCCUAGAUCGCAGCUGCGUGCAUCCUCUAGAUCGCCGUCACCAAUGCCUAGAUCGCCUAGAUCGCAGCUGCGUGCAUCCUCUAGAUCACUGAGGGCGGUAGCGGCUGCGUCACUCGCCCGUGUGCCACCGCCGCUGCCGCCGGCCCUGGAUCGUGCGCAUCGCAGGGGCGAGCUGCGGCAGCUGCCGCUCACUGCAGAUGAGGCAGAGACGGGGCCCGAGGAUCGCGUCACCACCCUAGCGGUAUUCGAUGCUGUCUAUGUACUCUUGCGGUGGUAUUGUCUUUCGCCUACGUUCUGUAGCAGGCGUUAUCAGCUUAUGCCAGAGUGCUUUGGUCUUCACAAGAGUGACUCUUUGGAUUUCCGGCUUGUGUGGUUGCUGUGGGAGUGCAUAGGCAGCGGCGCAUGGGUAUCCGUGCCUUUUGACUGGAUUGAUCCGCUUCUACGAGCACAGUGCUACGAGGCGUAUGCGUUGCAGCUUGAGUCUGCCGGGAGGCCGCUCGAGGCAAUCUACGUUCGGGCGACGCUCAGUCGCGGAUCGGAUCUGCUCCAGUAUCUGUGCUAUCUGUGGCCGCGUCUGCUUCGAGAAAAUGUCCCCGACUGGCCUGUUUCGUUGCCUGUUGCAGGUGAGUUGCGAGGAUCAGGACCCAGUUCGGAGGCUUCGUGGUCAACGGUGCGCACUGCCGCUGACAUCGACUCGCUGCCGGUGAUGCGUUGGCUCCGAGAGCGCGUCCGCCUGCCGCGGUGCUGGCUCCUGCAGGCACACUACCAAUGGCUGGAGUUUGCGCUUGUGGCGGCGUUGUCGGAUCUGGAGCAUAGCGGGUCUCUGGCUGCUGGCAUCUGGGAUCCGCGGAAACUUGUAUACGCGGCAGAGCUUGGUUGUGCCCUGCUCCAGACGGGAAUCGCCUGGCUUGGAGCGUCGACCGCUCCACUAGGUCGUCUAAGAACGGGAUCAUUCGAGGCGGCUUGCGAGGACGCGGUGACCCCAAAUGAUGCCAUGGAUACCGAGUUGUCGCAUGACAACACGGACGGGUCCUUGUCAGCGUUUAACCAUGCUGCACGCGUUGGGCUCGGUCCGCGGACCCGACUCAUGAUGCAACUUCACCUCUGGGCUGCAGUGAGACUCGCGCCUCUUUUCCUCCUACAGCGUGGUAUCGCCGGCUCGAGCGCUUGGAGCGGCGCGUUUGCUUCUCGAGAGCACGCAAUGCGUCUAGCGAACGACUGGCGUCAGAUGCUCGAGGCAUUUCAAGCGCUCGAAGCGGCAAGUUCCAGUCAUCUGACUGUACCAUCGCCGACACAGGCGCAUGAUUUGACGUUUUCGGACCUCGGCGGCUUGUUAUUGGAUCUGAUUGCGGUCAGAGAGCACCUGGGGAUGACGCUCCGCGCGGACGGCGUCGAAGUGGAAUCUCCUCUGGAUCUGCCGGUAGCAACGCUUUAUCAAAGACUGCAACUCGUCGAAGAGGUUCGUGGGAGCCGCUUCGACAUCUCAUGGAUUUUGCGUUUCUGUCAGCGGGUGUUGCGUUUUGCGGAAACGCAGUCGAUUCCUUCUUGUCGCGGUACGCCGGCACUGUCAUUGUUGGUGUAUCACAUUGCAGCAGUUGCUGGCCGACUGCUCUGUUUCAGUCUGAUCCACGGCGACGCGUGGUCAGUGCUCGAGGAUCCUGCAGAUCGAUCUGCGGCUCUGACUCGAAUUCGAGGCCUGCUCGACGUGCUGCCGCUUCUAGAGGGAGAUCGUCACCUGCUCUGGAGCGAACUAGAGUUUGCAGAUGUAGCGUCCAUGCGACAGAACCAGCGCUGGAUAUUGCGAGACCCGCUGCGCGCGCUUCGUUUCUAG